CCGCUCCAAUUUGAAAGGGACCACAAAUGCCGAGGAAGCAAAGCUGGGGUCUCAGGUCGAGGUUGGGAAACGGCUAGAAGAUCAGCGCCGCCGCCGAGGCGAGAAUGAGGAGUUUGAGAAGCUGAAGGAGAAGCAGCAGGAGGCAGCAGCAGAGCUGGAUGAGCUGAAGAAAAGGCGGGAGGAGCGCCGGAAAAUCCUGGAGGAAGAGGAGCAGAAGAAGAAGCAGGAGGAGGCAGAGAGAAAAGCCAGAGAGGAGGAGGAAAAGAGGAGGAUGAAGGAAGAAAUUGAAAGGAGAAGGGCUGAAGCUGCUGAGAAACGUCAAAAGAUGCCAGAAGAUAGUGUAUCUGAAGACAAGAAGCCAUUUAAGUGUUUCAGUCCUAAGGGUUCAUCUCUCAAGAUAGAGGAGCGAGCAGAAUUUUUGAACAAAUCAGCUCAGAAGAGCGGUAUGAAACCCACCCACACAACGGCAGUUGUCUCAAAGAUUGACAGUAGACUUGAGCAAUACACUAGUGCAAUUGAGGGCACAAGGGCUGCCAGACCAGCUAAGCCAGCAGCUUCCGACCUUCCUGUUCCAGCCGAGGGUGUCCGUAAUAUCAAGAGCAUGUGGGAGAAAGGGAAUGUUUUUUCAUCACCCUCUGGGACAGGAACACCAAAUAAGGAAACUGCUGGACUGAAGGUUGGUGUCUCCAGUCGUAUCAACGAGUGGUUAACCAAGACCCCAGAGAGCAACAAAUCACCUGCUCCAAAACCUUCUGAUUUAAAACCAGGAGAUGUAUCCGGCAAACGUAAUCUCUGGGAGAAACAGUCUUUUGAAAAGUCAUCAUCUUCUUCUUCUAAGGUAUCAGCUAUGGGGAAAAAAUCAGAGACUAAUGGUUUGAGACAAUUUGAGAAAGAACCGUAGAAGGCCACUAAAGACGCUGGACCAAUCAGUUGGGGG